AUGGACUUCUCCCGUAUACAGACGGCCAGUAUUGAUGGCCGCACCCAGAACACGCGAUAUCGUCAAGCCCAAUUCCAUUGUCUUCAAUCUGCCCUCGUUGAGCAUGUCGCAGAAAUCCAAGAUGCUAUUCGCGCCGAUUCCGGUCAUUCGCAGCAGGAAGUUCGAGCAGAGAUCGUGUUGGCCCUUCAGGAAAUCAGGACACACUAUGGAUCACUGAGUCUGUCGAAGGAUUUGGAAGUCGAAUACCAGAUCUCGCAGGGGAAAGAUAACCUUGAUGGCGCACGAGGUGCAGGUAUUGUCUACAUCGUGCCAUGUCUUCACACCUUGUUCUUCUCUGUUGUAUCUGCCCUGGCUGCAGCACUUGCUGCAGGAAACUGCAUUGUUCUCGAGCUCCCACAAACAACUAUGACUUUGCCAGGUCGUCUUCGUCAAAUACUCACAGAUGCCCUGGACCGCGACACUUUCGCUGUUACAACUCAACGACCCGAUAGCUCCUUUCUGAGCAAGGCACUACUAGUCAUACAGAAUGAUUCUGAGACAUUGAACGGUCUCAUCUCACCUGCAACCUCUAGAACAGUAGCGGUUGUGGAUCGCACUGCCAGUGUUUCUGAUGCUGCAGAAGCCCUCGUGACCGCGCGUUUUGCACUGGGAGGACGGUCUCCCUACUCCCCAGAUGUUGUACUCGUGAAUGAAUUUGUGAUGAAGCCUUUCGUAGAGGCAGUUAUCCAGCAUGCAUCAAAAUAUCUUGCGGGUGAGAAUGGAGAGGCUCGUCAAACCACUGGUUCAUCUCGACGAUCGGCAUUAUUAGACUCGAUCCACAAGGAGCGGAAUGCCCGGGUUUUGGUUUCUGGGAGCAACUGGGGUGUUGUUGAAGUUCAAGAUCGAAACUCAGCUCUUCUUCAAAAGAAGAUUGAUGAGAAAGUGUUGCUGGUCCACUCAGUCACCAGCUUGGAUGAUGCGAUUGAUAUCAACUUCAACCAAACACUAGCAGCAACCUAUGCCUUCGCAGCGCCAAGCUCAGCCAAGUAUUUGACUCAGUUCAUUGACGCUAAUAUCUCAUGGGUGAACCAUGUACCAGCCCACAUGCUAAUUGGCCCCGCAAUUCCUCGAAACAAAGCAUACAAUACGGCCACACGUUAUGCGACAACACAAUUUCAGCUGCCAAGGCCACAAUUGAUUACCUCUCCAGCAGCGGCAGUUGCGACGCAAACCAUUCUUAGCAGUGUUAACACUCUCAAAUCUGACGCACUGUGGCGUGAAUCGAUUGCUCCAUUGCCGUCGACUAAUCAGCGACCAGGACAUAAGAUUGGAUUCUUUGAGCAGGGUAUCAUUACUGGUGGAUUGAUUACCCUGGGAUCGGUCAUAGCCACAGUGUCUACAUUGGGUUAUUAUACCUGGGUGUUUGUGCGGAUGAGAGGAUAG